AUGGAUCCACAAAAAGCACAAGGAGAGGCCUCAAAGAGACCCCCAGGUCAUGGUGCUACUGAAGUACUUCAUCAGAGAAAAUCACUUCCUUUCAGCUACCCCACAAUGGCUAUUGCGGGUUUGCUAAUUACAGCUGCAGUGGGAUACACUGUCUUAUAUGCGAAGAAGAAGCCCGAGGCUAGUGCUAAGGAUGUGGCCAAGGUUUCUGCUGGAGUUGCAGAACCUGAGGACACUCACCCUAAGAAGUAG